CUGGUAGAUAGCCCGCCGGCCAACGAAGUCCAAGCCAAAUCCCCAACCAGACCAGGAUCAGCCUGGACCAGCAAUUCGCUCUUUGCCGACUCUGCCAUCAGCCUCAGAACUGCCACCCCUAAGCCCUUGGACGAUGAAGCAAUCACCUCCGGAACCUUUGAACCAAUCAGCCACUUAGCCGAUCGUUUGAGGGGACUUGUUUCCGAGAUCUGGGCAAGUGAACAAGAUGGCGCCUUACGCGGGAAAAAGAGGCGGAGAAUUGAGACAGCCAUGGACACCAUCGAAGCAGUCCUCCUUGAAGACGAUACCUCCGCUUCUAGAGACGACGACACCAACGAACCCACCCAUUCAGCCAUUCCUGAGGAUGCAUUUCCGGAAGGUGGACUCGAGUUGAUUCGAAACAACCUGACCCUCACCAUCAAAUCCAUGCGUAUGCGCCAACUAGAGCAGAGCCACCUCCAUCAGUUGACGAUGGAAAAGCUUGAAGCUGUUGCACAACGAUGUGCACAGCAGGAAACCCGUCUACAGGAGUUCAGCGACAAAACCAUUGUUCUGAGGGAACGAAAUCGCCAGCUGACUCGAGAGAAUGCGAAACUUCACCAUCAGCUCGAACACAGCAGAGCAGAAUCUCGCAAGAGACAUGAUGCAGUGCACGCCAUGUCGAGUGCAGUUGCUGGAUUGGAUGGAUGGAUUAACAGCACAUCGACACCGAACCGGCCCUCGAGGCAAGUCGUUGUCCGCGGACGAGGUAGAUUUCGCGGGCGCUAUUACGUCGACGGACCUGGCAGUAGUCCUACAGGACCUGGAAAUGACGCUGUCCCCGAUGCUAGCACCAUAUAUGAAGGUGUGAAUGCCUGGCUCCGAGGCUUCAACGACAUUGAACAAGAACUGGAGUCGAUUCCAGUAAAGAUGAAUGUCCACCUGGAGCAGGAUAGCGAUCGUCACGGACGGCUCGACGAAGAUGAGUGGGGUGAAUUUGAGACGGUAUCUGAAACAUAA